AUGAAUCGUUUGGUAUUUUAUCCGGGCACAGAGCGGUCAAGGCGUUCUCGGGAGCCAACUUUAUUACUGGAAGACGGCUUGGAGCUGGAUGAUGAAAGAAGAUCAAAAGAAAGCGAAAGAUUACCGUCUUCAAAGCGCCCAAAAAUUGAUGAAGAUGGAUUGCUAGACGAAGCAAUGUUGGCGUAUGCGGCAACAAUCGACGGUGUAUCUGACAUUCCAAAUGCAUACGCUGAAGCAGUUGCAAGUGAUGAAGCAGUGGCGUGGCGAGCAGCAAUGAAGACUGAUUCUUAUCAAAUCAACAAAACGGCACCUAGUCUAUUAUAUCGCACGGAGCUGCUCGUCUAA